GGAGGAAGGACACCCGCUGCGCCUGUGGCUUGUGCGCCCUAGUUUAAGGUGUGAGUUGGGCUGAGGAGGAACGGAGCCAGCCGGUCAGAUUCAGGAAGAGUUCCUGACCUCAGGAGCAGAGCUGGGCGCCCUGAAACCUCAGCCAGGGACGCAGGGGGCGCUUUCCUCCACACUGCACGGGUGGCACCCACUGACCCGCAGCGCCGCCUCUCUCCCGGGACCUGGCAGUGGGAGGGAGGGAGGGGCUGGAGGAGGGACCCAGACCUCACCCUGGUGCCCAAGUCACUUCAGACAACACCGGAACAGAUCCAGCGGUCCCGCCAGCAGGAAGCCUUCCAGCCGACCCAAAGAUAAUCAUUACACACCAGGGCGGUGGUUAGAAUCAGAAUCCAAUUGAAAAAACUGCUCUAAGGUAGACUGGGAUAAAUGCUUGAAUCAGCCUGUGGAAUAGCCAACGAUUGCAAGAUUCUGCAAAUCCUGGGCUGCUUGCCAAAAAUGGUUAAUUCUGUACAAAGGACUAGGAGGGCCAGAGCAAUGCCUGUGAACAGUUCAUACAUUCGAGAUCUGGAGCCAGACUCCCCAGAAUGAGUGCUCCUGGUAGCAUGCCCAAAUGUGAAGCUGAAAGAAAAAUAAAUUCCCAGUGGCUAGCACUGUGUUCUGGGAAGCCCAGGGCCUGUGAGAUAAUUGGGAUCCUCUGGCCCCACGCUAGCCCAGCACCAUGGAUAGAAACAGUUCCUUCUUCAACUCUAUCUGGGAAACCAUCCAGACCAGACAUGAAAGAGGUGUCUUCAACACCGUCUGCCUGGCUGUGGUCCUGGGGCUGCCCCUGGUGGUAGUUCUCACCCUCUUCUUCGUCUGUUGCCACUGCUGCUGUAGCCGGCCACCUAAGAGCAACCAACAGCCAGACCAGAACAAGAAGAAAAAGAAGAAAAAGAAGAAGAAAAAGAAAGAUGAAGACCUCUGGAUCUCUGCUCAGCCUAAGCUCCUCCAGAUGGAGAAGAGGCCAUCACUGCCCGUCUAGUGAGCAAGGAGGCAGUGUCCUCCCCUUGAGCCGAGCCUCCUUCCAGCCACAGAGACGUAGAGAAGCCUUUAAAGUGAUGCAUUCACUCCCACAGAUUAUUCAACCGAGCGACAAAUUUCAGACUAAGCAUCCCAAUGAUUGGGAGCAUGUAGACAAUUCUUACACUGUCUUGGCAGCUAUGUGUCCAAUAUCAGUGCUCUCUGUUGUACCCCCCCCAAGCAUGGACUGCAGUUUCCGGUAUACUCUACCACAAAAGCACAGAAAACAUGUAUACGUGCAUCUUAGAUGGCAUUCAACUUCGUAUGUAUCGUAUGUAUGCACAUUUGGACAACAGGUACAUGGGACGGGAUACUCAUUUAUCACAUGGCCAUGUAAUAUGUAUUUUGCUCAAAUAUACAUGCUUGCAGAGAUGUCUUAUGGGAAGCCAUGUCCAGAUUUAGGCACAUAUAUAUGCACAAUUAAGUAGCCAUGAUGCAAGGCCCUAUGCACUGUCUGUAUGUCAUGCAGGUUGGAGAUGGGCGCUUCCUAUUCCUAUACCUACAUAGUAUUUUACUGGAAAUACAUUUGGACAUUCUAAGAACCUGGUACAGUCCCCACUUCGGUAUAUAUUGAUACAGACAUAACUAGUGGUUUCUAUAUGCUUCUGACCUUUUGCCUGUACCUAAGAGUUUAAAGUAUGGCUCCAGAUACACUCAAAGCUCUUUGCUUGUAAUUCACAACAAGGUCUUGAUUACCUCUGACAGAUGUUUAAUGUGGUCUGAGACCUCUCGGGGACAUUACCCCAUAACUACUCAGCAAGGUGCCCUUUUCUAAGCAGUGAUGAUCAGCUCUUAGCAGUGACUAUGAGAAAGCUAUGGAAAUCCACGUACUCCCUUCAUUGGACUGCAGGUGUGUACCCAUGAGAUGUAUAGAAAGACAGAAAGGGUAAAGAGAUGCCCCACAUGAGCUAGCUAUAAUGUGUGAGCAAGGGCUUUCAGAAAGAAAACAAGUAAGAUCAUCCUGAGUCAAGUCUCACAACCAGCACACACACACACACACACACACACACACAGAGCAAUCCCCUGUGUUUGUAGCAGUGCAUGAUGUGUUGUGGAUGGGAGGUAGAAGCCAUAGUUUAAGUGAAAGAUAAAGCCAUAAAGAUAUUUGUUGCUAUUUAUGCUGAUGCUCAGGCAAAUAUCUUGUACACAGUAGGUACUUAUAACUGUGGGUGGAUAUACAAUAAUGCUAAGGAUAAACUUGUAAUACCUCAUGAUUCCCCCGAGUGACCUACUCUUUUAAGAGACCCCAUUAACUGCUACAGAAGGUGAGACAAAGCAUUGAGACCAGGGUUGAUUGACACAUGUGCCCUGUGGUACCUAACAUCAUGCCAUAUUCUAAGUGGAGGAGAGCCUUUCCUCCCCAGACAAAGGCUAAGAAAACAAAUGGUGUGGCAUUUUGAUUGUAUUGUGGCCAUGUUACAAAGGCAGACAAUUCCCAGCUUGAAAGUGAUUAUACCCUAACAGCUCAUUUGCACAUCUACUGGGGAGCUCUAUAAACACUGUCCCCAUGGAGACCAUUAUAGACAUAGAAAAAUCACUGUCUAAUUAGUGACAUAGCCAAAUUAUGACAUUACGGCAGCAAGAAAAAAUAUUCCUGAAAUUGAUGAGACUGUAGGAAUGGAAAGUUGUACUCUACUUGGUCAGUUGGGCUACCUGGUACUCAUGGCUCUACCCCGGAUGUGCUCCAGGGCCUUGGAGGGUAGCGACCUAGUGGUGGAUACCUGGGUCUUCUAACGGACAGAGCAGUCACAUCCACUCGCUCAAUACCUACAUAACCUCAAUGUCACUAGACACCCAGGCCUUCCACCUCUCAGACCAAAGCAACACUUCCUGAUUCUCUGCCCCCCCUUGUCACAUAGGGAGCUGGGUGUGGAUUACCUGGCUGUCCACAGAAUGAUCAGUCUUCUCCCCUUCUCUGCCAAGGUACCCACCAGAUGCCCUUCCCACUUCUCUCAGUCCCCCUAAGACAGAAGACUUGGGGGUUAGAGAUGGAGACACAACAGAGAUGGGAUGUCAGAUAUGGUCUGCAAGGAUGGAUCACCAGGAUCAGGGACCAUACAAAUUACUGAUACAAAUUACAUGGUUUCCGUGACAACUGGCUGCCAGUUUGAAUUUAGACAGCAGUCAGUUGUCGCCCCGAUUGCCAUAACAAAGCCUCUGUCUCCUGGCACAGUGUGCCUGCCAACUGCAGUGAUUCCCAGUUGCUUCUAUAUCCUGGAACCCAGGAAUCCCAAUCCUGGCUGGAACACUGCUUCCUGUCACAGACUCUCUGACAGCCUUUAGAGAGGAAGUAGGAUGGCACAGGGCCCAUGAUAGGAUAGGCCCUCCCAUAGACCCUGGGGGAGCAGAAGCCCAAAGUAGUGCUUAGUGUCCCGUCUCCCUGCCUAACUCUUCCAAUUCUCCCUGUAUUGCUGCUUCUCCUUGCAUCAUGCCAGUCCAUUCCUUUAUGACUCAACACUUUCCCCUUGGUCUAUGCCAGAGUUGCCACGGAUACGGUCCUAGGGUAAGGUGCUCGGGACCUGUGCCUACCCGAUUCAUCUGGGGAUGGUAAGCUAAUGGGGAACAUAAGAGGUCCCCUGGGGCUGGAGGAAUGGCUCCGCAGUUAAGAGUUGCUUUUGUAGAAGACCCAGGUCCCAGGCGUGCAUGUGGUACACAUGUGUGCAUGGCGACAAAGCACUCAUCACAUAGAAUAAAGCUCCUUCAAAAACUUAAAAAGAGGGACCAUAAAGAAGAGACCUUCUCAGCUGGCAUGGGCUUGGGCGUGGGGGUUGUCCCCACCCACGGUGAAUUUCUGUCCUGCCUUGGUCAUACUCAGAAACAGUCAGAAGGGUCUUUAUCCAUUGUUCUAUGGCCUUUUUUGAUUUCUUGGGAGGAGGAAAAAGAGCAGGAAAAUGUAAAGAAAAGGCAGUCACUUUUUCGAAAAGAAUAUAUAAAUGCUCAAAGCUGUACAGUAUUUGUGUUUUGUUGUCUGUAAAAUUCAAAUACAUAUAAAAGUUUAUUUAAAUAAAUAUUUUGAAAAUGAAA